CGGCAUAUGCCCUUUUGCCUAAAGUUUUGGCUUAUCCUCACUUCACUUUGGAUCAAAGAAAUCUCACCCUCAGAUAGUCAACACCCACAGUCCUCCACCAUGGAAGAAGAAUCAUCAAACUCUUCCACCACCCCUCUCCUCCGCCACCAGUGGUGGCGCCAUCGUCUCCCCACCCUCAGCCCCAAAACCACCAUAUGGUCCGAACUCGGCGGCUCUGUUGGCGAUCUCGGCACCUACAUCCCCAUAGUCCUGGCCCUCACCCUGGUCUCCAACCUCGACCUCAGCACCACCCUCAUCUUCACUGCCCUCUACAACAUCGCCACCGGCCUCCUCUUCUCCAUCCCCAUGCCCGUCCAACCCAUGAAGUCCAUCGCCGCUGUUGCUGUCUCCGAAACCCCCCACCUCACCGUCCCGCAAAUCGCCGCCGCCGGUAUCUCCACUGCCUCCGUCCUCCUCCUCCUAGGCGUCACCGGCCUCAUGUCCUUCUUCUACCGUUACAUUCCCGUCCCCGUCGUCCGCGGCGUCCAGCUCUCCCAAGGCCUCUCCUUCGCCUUCUCCGCCAUCAAAUACGUCCGAUACAAUCAAGAUUUCGUCUCCGGAAAAUCGGGUACUCCUCGAUCUUGGCUCGGCCUCGACGGCCUUAUACUCGCUAUUUGCUCAAUUUUAUUUCUUGUACUGUCUACCGGUGCCGGUGAAACACAUGACACCAACGAGUACAUUCAAAUUUCGGAACAACCAAAUAGUUCAUCAAAUCGUUCUCAACUUCGAGUCCGCCGGCGAUUGCGGAUUUUAUCGUCAAUUCCGGCAGCUCUGAUAGUUUUCUUACUUGGGUUGAUCUUGUGUUUUGUUAGAAAUCCUUCCAUUAUUCAUGACCUCCAAUGGGGUCCAUCCAAGAUCCAUAUGGUGAAAAUUACAUGGGAGGAUUGGAAAAUUGGGUUUCUUCGAGCUGCAAUACCUCAAAUUCCGCUAUCUAUACUGAAUUCUGUGAUUGCAGUGUGUAAGUUGUCGGCGGAUUUGUUUCCUGAACGGGAAGUGUCAGCUACGGCGGUGUCCGUGAGUGUUGGAGCUAUGAAUUUAGUUGGGUGCUGGUUCGGGGCUAUGCCUGUAUGCCAUGGUGCCGGAGGGUUAGCAGGGCAGUACCGGUUUGGUGGCCGGAGCGGCGUGUCUGUGAUUCUUUUGGGGACUGGGAAGCUGGUUCUUGGGCUGCUGUUUGGGAACUCUUUUGUGAGAAUAUUGGGUCAGUUUCCGAUUGGGAUUCUUGGGGUGCUACUGCUGUUUGCUGGGAUUGAAUUGGCUAUGGCUUCCAGAGAUAUGAACACAAAGGAAGAAUCUUUUGUGAUGCUGGUAUGUGCUGCUGUGUCACUCACUGGUUCUAGUGCUGCUUUGGGCUUUGGGUGUGGCACUGUUCUGUUUUUGCUAUUGAAAUUGAGGCAAAUGGAAUGUCAUUGUUUUGGGUUUGGUAAAUUAUCCAAGUCCUGUGCCUUUUCCAAUGAUGAAACUAGUUUAAGCCCUUAGGAGAUUCUAGAUAGCAUUAGAUCUUGUUAUUGGCUUUGUAUAAAAUAAUAUUGCUCUAUUGAUUUACUAUUAAGAAAAUAUAACUUAUAUAUAUA